ACCUAGGAGUGAGGAGCCGAAGUAAAGAGUAAAGAGCGGUGUGAGUCACAUCGGAAUAUUGCCAUCGGAAGGGCUGGUGCGUGAUUGUGUCGUGUGAAGAUAGGAGUGCACCGGAGACAUAGCCAUGAAGAUGGAUUUAAAUACCGUUAUUGAAAAUAUGGAAACUGGCGAUCAAGAUGCUGCGUUGAUGGCUCUUCAGGCAUACAAUAAAGAGAAAAGCCAGUGUUUCACAUUUAACACAAAGGAACAAGAAGAGAGAGAGCGGCUCGGCGAGCUGGUGCUGAGCUUCCUGGAGCGGGACCUGCAGCCGUCCUGCCAGCUGGCCUGCCUGGAGACCAUCCGCAUCCUGUCCCGGGACAAGGGCAGCCUGGCGCCCUUCGCCACGCGCGACGCCAUCCAGACGCUGAGCCGGCACGCCGGCAUCGCCCAUGGAGAGGGCCCCACGCCCGAGAUCCCCGACCUGGACGUGAUCGUGGAGGCGCUCAAGUGCCUGUGCAACAUCGUGUUCAACAGCGAGGCGGCGCAGGAGCUGGGGGCAGAGCUGCGGCUGAUGGCGGGCCUGGCCGAGCGGAUCAAGCAGUGCCACGAGCGGCAGUGGAGCCACGAGGUGCGCUUCUUCGACCUGCGCCUCGCCUUCCUCUUCACCGCGCUGCGCGUGGACGUGCGCACCCAGCUCGCCCAGGAGCUGCGGGGCGUCAGCCUGCUUGCCAACGCCCUGGAGGCCACGCUGGGGCUCCGAUGGCUGGACACCUUCGAGGUGGCCCGGGCUGACGCCGAGGAGGGGGCGGAGGUGCCCCCGCUGGGGCGGGAGGAGACGGAGCGCGCCAUGGAGAUCCUCAAGAUCCUCUUCAACAUCACCUACGACACCAACCGCCGCAAGGUGGAUGAGGAGGAGGCAGCUACAUACAGACACCUGGCCGCCAUCCUGAGGCAGAGUCUGAUGUGUGUGGCUGACGGAGAGGAGCGCACGGAGGAGCUCCACAGUCACACGGUGAACCUGCUGGGGAACCUGCCGCUGCUGUGCCUGGAUGUGCUGCUCGUUCCCAAGGUCCAGCAGGGCUCCAUCGAGUACAUGGGCGUGAACAUGGACGCCGUCAACAUGCUGCUGGAGUUCAUGGAGAAGAGGCUGGACAGGGGAAAUAAGCUGAAAGAAACCCUUUUACCCUCCCUGAACCUUCUGACAGAGAGCGCUCGCAUCCACAGAGAGACCAGGAAGUUCCUGAGGAUGAAAGUUCUGCCACCGCUGCGUGACGUGAAGAACCGGCCGGAGGUGGGGAACGCCCUGCGGAACAAGCUGGUGCGCCUGAUGACCCACAUCGACACCGACGUCAAGCACUGCGCUGCCGAGUUCCUCUUCGUGCUCUGCAAGGAGAGCGUGUCCCGCUUCAUCAAGUACACGGGUUACGGCAACGCCGCGGGCCUGCUGGCCGCGCGGGGGCUGAUGCGGGGGGGCGGGGCCCCGGGCCACUACUCCGAGGAUGAGGACAGUGACACAGAGGAGUACCGGGAGGCCAAGCCGCACAUUAACCCGGUGACGGGGCGCGUGGAGGACGAGCAGCCAAACCCCAUGGAAGGAAUGACAGAGGAACAGAAGGAAUACGAGGCCAUGAAGCUGGUCAAAAUGUUCGACAAGCUCUCCAGAGACCAUGUGAUCCAGCCAAUGAAACUGGGGCCUGAUGGGAAAAUGACCUCAAUGGAUCCUUCUGACUUGCACAGACUACCGCAGCAGGGACCACAUCAGUGCUGCUCAGACAGUGAAGAGGAGGGUGACUAGGAAGAACGCCCAGCUUAUUCCAGUAUUUGUAUAGUAUAUUUACACAUCUAAACCUGCCAAAAUUAAAUCAACAAAUUAUGACACAUUGUGGAAUAUUGAAAUAAAUAACUGAAAUAUUCAAAUUAAAUAUAUAAAUAAUGAUACAUCCUUCAGUGGCUUUCUAAAUUUUGAUCCUUUCAUUCAACAAACACACUUCACAUUUCACACACUUCACUGACAUAUCGCAAUGAUAUGUUUAAUUGCACGGAGAUGAGGCAGAUGGUUGAUAAAACCAGGAUGGGUGGUAUGAAGCCUGGCAUUAGCUACUUACUGCCUGAGGUCAGUGCUCUUUUUAUUUCACAUUUCACAUUAUUUCUCAUUAACAACUUUGGUGAAAAUCAAACUG